AUGUUGAUAACACGAUUGAGACAAUUAUCUCACGAGUUAACACAUCUGCACGAGUCGGUGAUGAAAGACAAAGACUUGCAUUUAGGGCAUCCAAUCGGUGUCUAUAAACUGAUUCAACGGAUGGCCAUUGAAUGGCGUGAAGUGGACGAUAGGGUUAAACCAAAUCGAGACUUAAUUCAAAUAAUCUCUCAAUACAUGCAACAAAUCAACACUAUUCACAAUUAUAGUCUAUCAGAUGCUGUGAGUGGUGUCAUUAAUUUGGUGAAGACAUACAAACUGGACGUAGGACUCAUGAGCACCGGUUUAAUUGAAUACAUGGCCACUUUUGGUGAACACAAAGUGUUUACCCAAACGGACACCUCUAAUAUGUUAACAAGUUUUGAUUGUUUCACAAUUGGGAGACAAUCAUACGAUAGCCAACAAUACAUGGACUCAAUUCAAUGGUUAGAAACAGCUCUUAUGAGGGCCAGCAUUGAAGACAGUGGUGUGUCGAUGGAGUUGAGGGCAGAUAUACUCAAAUACAUGUCGUUAUCCUAUUAUAAACUUAAGGACUACGAAGAAGCCAUUAAUUACAUGAAGGAAUCCAUGAAUAUCACUGUAGACUCGGAUGAUAAUCACUUAAACGAGUUAUCACUGGAGUUAAUGAAUAUAUCCAACGAUUACGAGGAAGAAGAGGAAGAGACACAAAAUGCAAAUCAGGAAUUAGACAAAAACAUUAAAAUUCAUCAGGAGUUGUGUCGAGGCAUUCAACUAUUGAACCAAACACUAGUGUCUCAAUUGAAGUGCUAUCACUUAAACACAUCCGAAAUACCAUUUUUACGGUUAACUCGUAUUAAAGUGGAGGAAAUGUAUAAAAUACCAGACAUUAUAGUUAUCCAUGAAUUCUUGUCCGAGUUUGAAAUAACGCUAAUGAAAGCAUUGUCUGGCAAUAACCUAAACCGGAUGUCAGUGGUGGACAAGGAUACCGGCGCAUACAUCCGGUCCGAUGACCGGUUAGCUGAUGGCAGUUGGCUUAAGGACAGUCAGCAUCCAUUAGUGGCUGCGAUCAGCCGUCGCAUGAGUGCCAUAACGGGUCUCGACAUGAGUACCGCCGAAGAUAUGAAUGUCAUUCGAUACAGUGUUGGCGGCUAUUAUGGACACCAUUACGACUCGUUUCAUAUGAUACCUGGCGGGCCGGUCACUGGUCCGCAACGGAUCGCCACUUGGAUCAGUUACCUGAGCGAUGUGUACGCGGGUGGGGCUACUGUGAGACCCCAGCCUUUGAGCAUAAUAUUCCUUAAGCUGAUUAUGGGUAACGUCUGGGGAGUGAACCGGGAUAUGGUUUGCAGCAUAAAGUGCAUGCCUUCCAACGGCCACAACACACCCGAUAUGACCAGAUAUGGCACGAAUGAGGCCACGCAUAGCAUUAGGGCCGCCUCUUCGGUGCUACUGAUGGCCGAUACGAACAGACCUAUUGAGUGUGCAUUGAUUACGGGUUGUGUACAUACCGUAAGCCAUGCCAGUGGCGCCCUGACCCCGUAUUGGAUGACAAUCUCGGCCACCAGUAUCUCGGGAAUCGUGACGCCGGCCACUAGUGUCCGGUCGAGUAGUCCCUCCUUUCGUUCGGUAACCAUAUUGAGUGCGGUUAAGGCCAUCGACAGUACGUAUGAGACGAUUAUGAUAAAACUCGGUGUCCCGAAGUCGCGGAACAGCGGGUGCGUCGACCCGUACACCGCCUUGAACUCAACCAAUGGCAACAUCGCCUUCGGGUUGGGUUUGACCGACGAGUUACCACCGGUGUUGGCAAUUAUCAUCAGCUGA